CCUUGACAGAGGUGGCACUGGUGCUGGAGCGUAGACGUGAGAGUCCACUCAAAGAAGAGGGAUGCUUGUUAAGGUCUGAUCCAAACUCCUCAAGAGGAGCUGACGAAAUACAAGACUGCUUAUGGAAUAACUGGAUAGUCAACAAAGAUGGAUUUGAUGAAAGCACUAUGUAGAAGAAUAUUGUAACACAAAUGGGCAAGAAAAUGAUACAGUAUACAGAAACAAGGACUUACUGGCUUUGCGUGAACUACUGCCCUUGUGAAUGCAUGCCAUCCAGGGCUCUGACCAUGGGAAUCAUCUUUGUCUCUCAGACAGGAGUCGGAUUCCUAGGAAACAUCCUGCUCCUUCUCUGCUAUGGCUUCCUUUCCUGCACUGGACAAGGGAUAAAGCACAUGGAUUUGAUUCUCCAUAACCUAAUUGUAGCCAACUGCUUGGUUCUUCUCUCAAAAGGCAUUCCUCAGACCAUGGCAGCUUUUGGGCUGAAAUAUCUCAUGGACGAUUUUGGAUGCAAACUAGUUUUCUAUGUUCACAGAGUGGCCAGAGGGGCGUCUCUGAGUGCAACUUCUCUCCUGAGUGGCUUCCAGGCCAUCACAAUCAGCCUUAGCAGCCCCCAGUGGAUGGAGCUCAAGGUCAAAGCCCUCAAAUCCAUUCGACUUUCCAUUCUGCUCUGCUGGACCCUUCACCUGUUGGCAAAUAGUAUUGUUCCUAUGUAUAUUACAGCGAUGAGGGAGAGCAACAACCUCACAGAGAAAAAGGACUUAGGGUUAUGUUCUGGCAUAAUCAUUGACAGAAGUAUAUCCUUAUUGUAUUCCAUGAUGUUUUCCUUCAUUGACGUCUUGUAUUUGGUGUUAAUGAUUUUGGCCAGUGGCUGCAUGUUGGUCAUUUUGUACAGACAUAAGCAGAAGGUGCUACACAUUCACAGCAAAAACCUCUCUCUCAAAUGCUCCCCGGAGACAAGAGCCACCCACAGCAUCCUGAUGCUAGUGAGCACAUUUUUCUGUUUUUAUGCACUGUCUUCCUUCUUUACUUUCUAUAUGUCCCUCUUUGAUAAACCCAGCUGGUGGCUGGUGAAUACCUCUGCCCUUAUGGGUUCAUCUUUCCCCUGUGUUAGCCCCUUUGUUCUCAUCAGCAGAGACCACCGUGUCUCUAGGCUGUGGUAUACCUGCGGCACAAAGAUCAAUGAUUUUCGUAAACGGGUUAUAGCAUGAAACUCCAGAAUGCUGCAUACUGUCCAUGUAUCAGUUCACCCUGCCAUAUUUUAUAUAGUAUUUACAUUUGCUAAAUCAGUUAGUGGAUAGGAUCAAAACAAGAUAGAUUGAGCGUGAACACAAAAUUAUUUCAUUUAGCAGAUAGGCAGGCAUGGAACAAGGAGGGGCUUCUCAUUUCUACUUUGCCUUCAUCAAAUGAGGGUGUUUUUCUUUCGUCUUUGUCUUCAUGUGUCCUUAGCUUCAUACAAACCCUACUGAAUCUUCCCUUUACCAUUCAAUCCUUUUAAAAUCCUCAUCUGAUAUAUUAUGAUAGUAAUGUCUAUUCUCAGUUUUACAUCUUUGAUUAAAUACAUAAAAUGAACUCCUAAAAAUAUAAGAUUCCUUGCCUCACUCUGACUCUUUGGGGACUAUCAAAAGACUGUGAAUAUAUUUAUGAUACAGUUUUCCUUCCCAGGUUCAUUGGAGGAAUUCUAAGUGAUUUGAGAAUCAAGAAGUCGCUAUCAUUGAUUCUAUAGCAUAUUAAGUUGUAAACUCUUAGAUAAAUUCCAAACACAAUUCCACAAGUCGAGCUAGAACAGGAAUUCUGGAGGCAAAGUAUAGUGGAAGAAUAUUGUCUUCAUUCCUCAAAGGAAAGGUAUGUGUAAGCCAAUUGGAAAAAUCCAGAGAAAAAGAAGGAAGAGUCUCUCUGGGACUGCAUUCGAUGAC